AUGGACGACAAGUCGAACAACGACGCUGCAACUGAAAAUGAUCAGUCAGGAGAAAAAUUUUCAGAAUACGAAAAACGCGACUUAGUGGAACGAUUGCAUUUAGCCAGCAAGCUCGAGCACUGCUUAUUGAAUGCUUAUAUCUACACAGCUUGCACGAUUAAAAGCACUCCAGAAGAAUUCGUCGAUGCUGAUCAAGAAAACAAGCGUUAUGCUAUUCAAUUCGAACGAGCACGUGAAUGGAAAAAAAGUAUUUUUAUGGUCGCACACGAAGAAAUGCUUCAUCUUCAUUACGUUCAAUGUCUGCUGCGAGCACUGGGUGAAAAACCGUACUUUCAGUUACCAGACAAAAAACCUGGUACAAACGUUUGGUUCAUUCCAAAUUGGGAUAUUAAAAAUGGAAAGUUAUCGAUGAAUAACGGCGAUGGUACAAUAAUUCCGAUUGAAUCAUGUACAUUUGAAAAUGCUCAACGGUUCGUUCUUUAUGAAUCAAGUGAUUCUCUUCAGGAUAUGGGUGCUAUAAGCGAAAAAGCUAAAGAAUUAUAUGGGAAAUUAUUCGAUUUUGAAAUUCGUUUGCGAAUCGAACAAAUGUUAAUUCACAUUAAAGACAAGGAUGUUCACGAUGAUCUGGCCAAAAAGUUAUACAAUGUCUACACGCAGCUUCCAGUAUCGGACAAGCCACAAACACCGUUUAUUCCAAUGACGGUCAUUGCACCACUUAAACCCGAAAGCUUUCAAUUUCAAUCUAUCGGAGAUUUCUAUCACCACGAAAUACAGCCUUUAUACGAUAUGGCAUUCGAUAAACAAUGGACUCGACAAACUAAUUUUGAUCUUGUGGCUGAACAAAAAGAUCCAAAUGUUGCUGCUGAAGGGUUUUUACCACUGACGCCUAAUUAUCGAUACAAGAAUUUUCCGGACAUGAGCAAAGGUGGAAUGAAAAGCCAUUGUAAUAAAAAGAAGUCGGCACACUGUGAAUAUGAUAUACCGGGAUGGUUUAAAAACAAGGAAGAUGUGCACAAAAUUAUAAACGAAAUAGUCGAUGAAGGUGAAGGAUUCGACCAAUUUUAUGAAAGAGCCGAGCAACUGCUGAAUUAUGUCGCAAAAAUAGGUGGUGCUGGUGCAUAUUUACAACAAAUAAUUCAGGAUCAAGAUAAAACAAAUCCAUCAAAAACACCAGAAGAACUGAAAGAUGGUCAGCUAGUCAGAGAAUCACAUUUGUACCGUUUUGCUAUAAUCAUGACGGCUUUCCAACAAGAAAAAGAUUUUGCCGCGCGUGCCGGUAUAUCGUAUGAAGUUAAACGAACGCCAGUAAAUAUCGACGGAAACACCCAGUUGGACAAUCUUUGUCAGGAAUUACCGGGUUAUUUCAAUGCGUGCUUUGUUCCCAUGAUCAUGUGGCUUUCAAGAAUGUACGAAAUAAAGGAUUGGUCAGCUGAUAAACCACGACGACAGGCUAUUGAAAUGCUUGCCGCAUGGCCAAUCAUGUCACUUGGUAUACGUCCGUUUUUGGAAUUAGCUUCGUUCUUCAAAAUCGACCAAUCGAAAUUAUUUUCACUUGCCGAUGUCGAUUUACCUUCUUCGUUGACAGAUGCUUUGGAGCUACUGAAGCUGUACAAUAAUGACGAUCGAUCAGAAGAAAUCUAUACACAAAUGGAUGAUUUGGCAUUAAACACAUUGGAAGCUGUAGGCGCAUGGGCAGAAAAUAGCCGUGAAUUCGUAAAAACUUUACAAAUUCCUGAACAUACAAAAACAAUGAUUCUUACUCGUCUAACUGGUCUUAUUGUCCUUAAAGAAUUUAAACUACAAUUCGAAUUUCGAAUGCAUGGUGGCUAUUCAAACAAAUCGCCUGAUGCCAACUAUGAACUACGUUAUUGCGAUAGCCAUACCUACGAAGAAGAUCCAAACUUAGGAGAUGACAGUGGACAAACUAAAAUCUAUAAUGACGCGUUGUUAUUACGUCUACGUUUUUCAGGAUGGGGACAAGUACAAUUGGCUACUGAUCCAGAUCCUCCUACUGACGAAAGUGGCUGUUCCGGUACACAUAUGCUACAUGCAACAGAUGGAAAGAGCGUCUUCAAUCGUGCUCUUGUAUGGCAGAAACAUAAUGGUUCCAAUGAAAUUAUUCGCGAACCAGCCAAAGAUUUACCUACAGUUGGGGUCAAUUGUAUCGAUGUCUCUCUGAUGGCUUCUGGUACAAAUAUGACUGUAGGCUACGUACCAUUAUCAGAAAUGCAAUCGUUGGGUGCUGUACAAGCCAGUGGCACACAGUUCGACCUUGACAUCAGUGGAGUGCAUGAACUUUUGCGUUGUACGCCGAAAGAUAUUUUACAACAGCCCGACAAACAGAUACGCAUCGAUUUAUUGGAUAAAGAUGGAAAGAAACCAUUGUUACUGGGAGAGAACCAUUUAGUUUGGAAGGAUGGCGAACCGAUUGAUCCGUUUAUUCUAUCUGUUGGAUGUGAUACAGCUGAUCAAACCACAGCGGUAGAAUUUGAACGAGAAGUUUUCAAUGAUACAAACGUAUCAAUGCUUCGAAUGACACCAUUAGAACGUUUAUUUAGUCAACGAGGACCAGUGGGCUUUGAUUCCACAGCAAACAUACCAACAUGGGCCAAAUGCAAUUUUUUGAAAGAUCCAGAAAAAUCAAUGGUGGCAAACGAUUAUUUAGAAGAUCGAGCAAAACAUCUGUGUGAUGCAAUGAAAGUCAAGCUCGACAAAACAUUAGAUCAACUGACUGUAAAAGAUGCAACCGAAAUUAUUUCAUAUGCAGAACGUAUGAAUUUAGUCUCUUUUCCGCGUCCCACCACAAAAGCAUGGCUCAACGCAACUCUUCACUACGGCCAUACAAUCAGUGGAACCUUAAAACUUGGUGGAAAUAGUUUAAUACUGAAAACGAUCCAAGAGAAAACUGGUCUGUCUUGUUCUCUUGUCGACGAUCCAAAUCGAAAGACGAGUAAUUCUCGUUGGCUCGCCAAAUACACUUUAGGUGCUAUGGAUACGGACGCUUUGUCCAAUUUUAUUUUUGGUGAACUAUAUAUGCCACUAAAAGUUACCAAAUCAGACAAGGAAAUUCAAUUCGUCAAAACAUGGGUCUAUACUAAUAGUUUAUUUCAAACAAUUGCUGAAUUUGCUUGUCGUUUCGAUAAACCUUUCUGGAACAGUGACUAUCAAAUAGUCGACAACCAGACACGUACGUUAAUAGUUGAAGAUGGCAACGAUAAAAUAAAUCUAACCGAAACAUGUACCAAUGCGAAUGGUGCCGGUUACGAAUACACACAAGACGGCUUUAAAGGUGUUCAAAAUUGUCGUCAAUAUUCUAGAGUCGAAGACUAUUUGAAAGAUAAAAUGAAAUUAUCAUGGGGUAUCACAUUCAAGAUUGAAAACAUCGACGCACUUAUGCAAAUGGUGAACUUUUUUAACAAUCAAACCGAUGCGAUCAAUCACGAGCUUCAGAAAUAUUUUACACCUGCUGUUAUUGAUCAAUAG